GAAGCCACCAGUCCCUGUGUGGCCAGCAACCCUUGGGCAAGGUAGGCUGAGAAGGGUCUAAAAGGGGCUGGAGUGCGAUGGGUCGGACAGGCACGAUGGUGGGGGCCUGGAAGGUACUCGUGUUGGUGCUGUGCUUGGCAGGGGUGUCCUGUGCACACCGGCGCCGGCUGCGGCUGCGAUAUGACGAUGUUGUCGCCAAGGCCUUGAAGGUCUACAAUGAAGGGCAGCAGGGGAGGCCCCUCUUCCGCCUGGUGGAAGCCAUCCCGCCUCCUAGGCUGAACUCCACCACCAGGCUCCCGCUCAACUUCAGGAUCAGAGAGACAGUGUGUAUCUCCACCCCGGAGAGACAGCGGCAGCCGCAGAACUGCGCCUUCCGGGAUCGGGGGGAGGAGCGCGUCUGCACCGGCCAGUUCUCCAGGCUGCGGAGGCUUGUAAGCCUGACAGUCAGCUGCGAUAGGGACUGUGGGGACCGGAUGGAGGACCCGAGGGCGAGACCCCCCGCCGAGCCAGCGGAGCCAACUGAGGCUGGGGAGGCCACUGAGGCUGGGGAGGUUGCGGAGGUCGCCAAGUUCACUGCGCCAGCAGAGGCUGCUGAAGCCAGUGAAGGUGAUGAAGACACAGAGCCCAAGGCCGAGGCGGAGGUGCCUCCCGCUGCCGGGUACCUGUACGAGAAGGCCAAGUAUGACAUCAUCUCCAACAUCCUGAGCAACUUCUAGGGCAGGAAGGGUGAGAAGCAGUCCCGACCGGCCCGCAGCACCUCCUGUCCUGCACCGCCCCAGCAACCCCAAACUCAAGCCCACCUUGGCACACCUGCUCCCUCUGCCUGGCCUGCCUGCCUCUCCAGGGUCUGGAAAUCCUGCUUCUCCCUUGAGACACAGAGGGGAAGCCCCCUCCUCUCCCCAGCAGAGGCACCUUCCUGUCCUCACACCCUGGCGUUGCUGCUGUGUCCCCAGCCAGA